ACUAMCGUACUGUCACGCAAUACUGUCACGAGUCCAGGAACUGGUAUCAUCUAUCAAUACUGUAAACAAAGACCAGCGUUUCCGCCAUUCGAACCAACCAUCCGAUACCCUCUGCAAACAAAUAGAUUAAUUCACACAACAACAAACACGAGCAAAUAAUAAUGAUGCCGCAGGGAAUCAGCACGCCGGCGAGGAUUUCGUCGCUGCUGUUGCUCUCGUUCGUGUCAUCGCUCCUCGUAGUCUCGCCCCUGGAUGCCCUUUCCUCGCCACACCAUACGCAGUGGAGGGCAGGGCAGAGCGAAUCAUGGACGGUGUUCGGUAGGAGAAGCCACAGAGAUUCGAUCAGCCGCCGGCGUGGGAAUCCCUGGCUGCGAUCGCUGUUACUCCCGACGAGGAUGGUUCUGGGCGAGACUCUGGACGAAGGCGGCUCGUACGAGCCCAUCGACGACGACGACGUAUUCUUUGGUGGUAGCGACGAGGGGGAAUCCAGUGAGGUAGCAACGAACAAGAACAAGCUGAUCGAAAUCAAAAGCGAGAUCGAGCUCCCAUUUUCCGCCGAGGUGGCCUACGAUGCAUACUCCGAUUUGCCGCGGCAAUCCAGCUGGUCGUCGUGGCUAGAAUCUGUCGAGGUWGUCGAGAACAAAUAUACGGACAACAAUGGCUACAACGGGGCCAAAAAAGUCGAGUCCCUGUGGACCUCCAAAAUGUUUGGCAUCCGCUACUCGUGGACGGCCGUGGCGGUAAAGAACGAAAGGCCCCAUACGAUCCAGUGGAGGUCUGUGACGGGGCUGCGGAACGAGGGGAUCGUGAGGUUCUACAAGCGGGAGGGGAAAACCUACGGACAGGGACCGACGCUCAUGACGCUCCGGAUGGCCUUUGUGGCACCGAGGGCGGUGUCGGGCAUCCUGCGGAGGUCGAAGAAGCUCUCGCGUUACGUCGAAGAGAAAAUGAUUGCGCAGUCCCUGCAAGGCUUUCGGGACAUUGUGUUGAAGAACGAUCUGGAAAAAGAGAUAGGAAGCUUUUCCACGGAAGAACGGAGGCACGAAGUGUCUGAGGCAACGACAGCGGCGUCGACCGGUACACUGUCGGAAUAAUCGAAGCAACCGAUGGCCGUGUAUCCCCCAGGGCUGCUUUCAUGCCUGCAAUAUGGUAUCGUGCCUUGGGUUGUCCUCUUCUAGCCGAGCAUAAUUCAAUGAGGCAAAAAUGACGACAAAUCCUAGAACAAGCACAGUGACUAAAAUGUUUAAGAAUACAUUAGUUGCGGAAGACGUGCUGGAAAAAAUACGAACGAGACUUGAUUCGCAAGUGUUUUGAAGGGGACAUUCGCAUAAUACUUUACCUCGUGAAUUAGAAAGCAAUGGAAGUAGCCACUGAAAUCUAGAGCAAGGGUAAUCAAAUAGAUUCAAAAUAUGUACUAUAGGUGAUUCCAGUUCUCRAGUUAUACAGCUACACAAAGCCUUUGGAGAAGAUGGGAACAACGAAGUGUAGUSGCUACCCAAGUAGGCUGUCGCUGUUUCCAGAMGACCGUUCAGAUAAUAUUAAACAAUAAAUAACUCAAUAAUACUUAAACUCGUGA